GAAUUAUGCAGAAGGAUGAUUGUAAACUGUCACGCUGUAUGUAUUUCAGGAAGGUCCGGGCUAAAAGGCUAUUUCACCACUGACUAUUCCACGGACUCCUGCAUGUACGGCUGUGGUUACUCCUACCACAGCUGCUCCUGCAGAAAUGACUGCUGGUACUAUUAUAACUGUUGCUCCGACUAUAGAGAAUACUGUGAUCCGGUAACGAGUACCAUGCCAGGUAUUACAGUCCCUAUAGAUUCCUGUGGAGGUGUAUUAACAAGCUCAUCUGGGUAUUUUUCCAGCCCUAAUUACCCCUAUGGCUAUUUCAACAAUGCACGCUGUACUUGGCAAAUAAAGGUUCCCAGUGGACAAAGGAUCGUUUUGGCACUCGUAGACAUACGAUUGGAGAACUGCGGGUGUUGUGACAGUGUCACAGUGUAUGAUGGCAUCUCAACCAGCUCCACACUCUUGCAAUCAUUUUGCCAUAACAAUGGAAGAGGCCAACCAGUCUACUCUUCUUCAAACUACCUGACUGUAGUCUUUAAAACAGACUCCUCUGUUACAAAUAUUGGGUUUAAAGCCAUCUACAACACUGGACAAGACAGCUGUAGGUACAACUGCGGCUACAGUUUGGGAACCUGCUCCUGUUCCUCCUCUUGUGAAUUCAAUGGAAACUGCUGCCCUGAUUUCUGUGCCCACUGUUACACUGGUAAGAUAUGA